AUGCCGGUGGUGGAUGCCCCCGACACGCCGGCCCCCGUAUCUGAGCCCGAACAAUGUGGUGCCCACCGUAGCGAUCGCCGCGGUGGGCAUCGGCCUUCCGGUGACACGCCCUGGCGCCCCUCGCCGCCGUCCGAGACUCCCCCGAUGCGAUCGUUAUCCUCGUUGUCAUCGUUCGCUGCUUCCACCUCGCCCUUAUCCCGCAGUACCCAUGAUAAGGGCCUUGAGCUCCGAAAACGGCCCCGGGGUCAACUGCCUCGCCUUUCCGUCCUUGUUCCCUUUAUCUCGUCGAUAUUGAUACCUACUCUCGUGACCCAACCCGUUGCGGCGGUCUCUGUGCCGUUUGAAAACUGCCUGUCCGAGACCUACAUCAACAAUGUGCCGGCCCCGUUGCAAUGGGUGCCCCGGUGGGUCGACGCUUCGUUCAACGCGGACGAUCCAAAGCACACUCUCCGCGUCACGAUGUGGGGGAACGUGACGGGUGCCUUCACUGACGUUACUUUGCCGCCGCCCGAUAGCCCCGACUGGACGAACCCGAGCAAGACGGACGGCAAGAUUAUCGACGAGCCCGAGCCAAAUGUGCCGAAGCCCAAGCUCACAACACUACACAGCAAGGUCGAGGUUUUGACCUACGAGCCGUGGAGCCAGACUAGCAAUUUUUGCAAUACAUCGCUGACCAACGCUUCCUGUCCGCUUGGGCCGGUUUUUAAAGACGUAGAUACUGGUUCUCUCAAGUCAGUACUACCCUCAGUGACCUUGACGAACGACUUCUACUCGUCCUAUGCCUUCACCUCCUUCACGGCUACCUUCAUCAUCAUCUACGGGGACGUCAAGGGUACCAACAUUGGCUGUGUUUCGGCUGCGGUGACGCCUGAGCUAGGCCAGUUGGCGUGGCUUCUCAAGUUCCUGCCUCUGCUUGUCUUGCUGUGUGUCGGCGCCGCCACCGUCUUUGCCGGCAUAUUCAGCCCUUGGGGCGCCGCUGAUAUCUUCCACUGGAGUUCCAACUACGGCCGCGAUCCGGACCUGCUUCGACUUGUUACCCCCGGCUUCGGGGAUUGCCUGCAGUACAUCCAGUUUGUCGUUCUCACCGGAGGACUGACCUUGAAUUACCCCGGAUUUUACCAGCCUAUUGUCAGCCAGGGGUCGUGGGCGGCGCUCAUGUUCAACCAAAGUUUUGUUACCAAGGAACCGGGCUGGGUCAGCGUGCAGGAUGGGAUCUACGUCACGGAGGGGAAUUACGGCUUGCAGAAGCUUGCGCAGCUAGUCGGUAUGGGGAACGUCGGCGAUAUCUGGGCCGGUAUGGUGGUGUGGUUGCUCGUCAUCAUUGGGGGCAUGAUCGUGAUCCUCCAGGCUGGCUUCUUCGUCCAGUGGCUGUACCGCUUCCUGAAGAAAAUCCCGGAGGAGGACCUUCGCGCCAAAAAUAUCCCCUUUACGCUGGGCAAUGUCAUCCGGAUCGUCUUUAACUAUUUUCUCCUGCCGAUCGUGGCGUUAUCAACCUUCCAGCUGGUUGUUGCCAGUGGAUCGCCCGCUUACACGGUUGCUCUCGCGGCUCUCGCGCUGGCCCUUAUCGUUGGGUUUGCAGCUCGGCUACUCUACCUCGUUGCGGCCACGAAACCGAGGGCGUUUCUAUUCGACGACCUGCCCACCCUUCUCCUUUACGGGCCUCUCUACAAUACGUACUCGGACGAAGCCGCGGCCUUCACGCUUAUCCCCGUGCUCCUCACAUUUAUUCGUGGCAUUGCCAUAGGAGCCGUGCAGCCCGCCGGGGUUGCCCAGGUGAUCCUGCUGGCCAUCUGCGAGGUGAUACAGAUCCUUACACUCCACGCUUUCCGACCUUUUCACUCUCCCACCUCCAUGAACGCCUAUCACACCUUGUUCUCCGCACUUCGUCUCAUCACCGUCCUUCUUAUGGUUGCCUUUGUUCCCUCGCUAGGGGUAACAGAAGGGCCAAAGGGCUGGAUUGGUUAUGCGCUGCUCGUCACCCAUGCCGGCGUGCUUGUUCUUGGAUUCCUUUUGAAUGCGGUACAGACCAUGGUGGAAGUCCUGGCCCGCAUGCUCGGAGCAGGCGGUGAUGAUAUCCGAGGGCAGACCAGGGGCGCGCUGUCCAAAAUCUUUGGGAUGAGGCAGCUGUCGAGGCGUAUGUCGCGGCGGGAGAACGGCCCAUCUCGACACAGCCAGCUAUCCAGUUCGGCCAUGCUCGAUGCCGACGAAGUGUCCAAAGCCGGGUACAUGGCGCCCAACGGCCGCGUACGGAGCGAGUCCGCGGGGAGCUUUGGGAUGAUGAUGCAUCGCCGCCAACGAAGCUCAUCGGUCCUGGAUAACUUGAGUCUUGACACCCCUGGUCGCCAUUUUGAUAGUGGCGCGAGCUCUUUCACCCCGACCACUCCUGGUGAUGCCAGCAACCUGUCUUAUCUAUCGACGCCACGGCAUGCGCAUCGCCAACAUGACCCCUUUGGUAUGCAGACUCCGGAUCCUUACUAUCGUCCUCCGAGGCGGCGUACUACCCUAGAGACGCCGGCUUCCCCGUCUUCUAGUACAGCAGCUACCCCGCUGCGGACCGGAGAACGGAAUCAGAAACGUGCUAGUCAAGGAGGAGGAGCUGGUGGCGGUUUGGCUGGAGAUCCUGCGGAGAUUGGGGCUCAAAUAUCCAGGGACGCCACUCCGGCGCCGUACACGCCCCCGUUUGCUCCACGGGCCGACUACUCGACUCGCGAGGUUGACUUUUACUACGGAGUCCGGGGCCAGCGCCUCAACUCGGACGCACCCAACCGCAAGCUCAGGACCGGUCCUGCUGACCCCACCCGGCCGGCCGCCUCUGCUGCGGCGGGCUGGUUCUGGGGGAUGUUUGGCAAGAAGGGAAAGGAAAAGGGCAAGGGCUUUGAGGUUGUGAGGAGCGCACGCAUGCCGCCGGCUAUGCGGGCAAGGGCUGGAGAUUUUGAGGAUGAUCCCCCUCCCGAAGGCAUACCGGUUGCGAUGGGUGUCCUGCGGAACGGGCCUAUCGAAUCAGACGAGGAGGAAAGCGGCAGAGGCAAGAAGAAUAAGCAGCCAGCGCAAAUCACGUCGCCGGAACAAGAACCACUCAACAGUGGGAGGAGGUCCCAGGACGAUAGUGGUGACGAGUUGGGCUCACCAAUCACUUCCUCGACACCGGUCGUGCCGAGAAAUGAGGCCGCGGGGGCGGGUGAGGAACAGGCAGGGAGCAGCAGCCAAGCACGGGACAACGACGACGCAGAUGAUGAGCUACCGGUCCCGGAUGUUCCACGAAAGAGCUCAAAACGGCACUCCUGGCUUAGUUUGUCAAAGGGAGCAUCUCACUCGGGACAACCGUCCGGAUCUGAGGGCGCGUCGAUGACCCUCACCCCAGCGGUCGCAGGCUCGGCGGCACGUUUACCGUUUGAGCGGACACCGUCCCAGAAACGGCGUUCAACUUCGUCGGCUGGGCUCACAGAUGAGUUCAUCCAGGUUGAAUUGCAGGACUCAAGCAGCAGCACGCCGGCUGGCUAUGGGUUUGUCCACCAGGGUAGUGUUCACCGAGUUGAUCCAGAGGUCGACCUGUUGGGGAGUUCGGCUGAGGUAGUGGAUGAAAGGCGGUAG